AUGCUGAGCCUGUCUUUUCGUUGUUUGCAGGACUUCGAGGGCCAGAGGGCCGUCGAGCGGAUCUCGCGCAACGGGCUGCUCGCGCUCACGGCCGUGUCGUACGUCCUAGGGCUCGCGCUGCAGUCCCUGCGCGUCACGUUCGGCGUGUUCGGGCUCGGCAUCGCGGUCCUGCUCCUCGUCGCGGUGCCGCAGUGGCCGGCGUAUAAUAAGCACCCCGUGCGGUGGUUGCCGAAGGUGGAGGCGAAGAAGACGCGUUGA